UAAUGAAAAUGAAUGCAAGGUGGGAGAGCUGUUAACGGAUGAAUGAAAGCCUCUUUUUCUUCCUUUCAAACUAAACCAAACCGAACGAAACCCUAAGGAAGAAGGAAUCUCUCUCUCUCUCUGCAUUUUUUUUCUGAUCGAAAUCUUCAAACAUGGGAACCGAAUACGAUUAUCUGUUCAAGCUUCUGUUAAUCGGAGACUCCUCUGUUGGAAAAUCAUGUCUUCUUCUGAGAUUCGCUGAUGAUUCAUAUGUUGACAGUUACAUCAGUACAAUUGGAGUCGAUUUUUUGGGGACAUUUCUUUUUCGUUUCUUGCUGCAGAAAAUUAGGACGGUGGAACAGGAUGGAAAGACUAUUAAGCUGCAAAUCUGGGAUACUGCAGGACAGGAGCGAUUCAGGACUAUAACCAGCAGUUAUUACCGAGGCGCACAUGGAAUCAUCAUUGUCUAUGAUGUUACUGAGAUGGAGAGUUUCAACAACGUCAAGCAGUGGUUAAAUGAGAUUGACAGAUAUGCAAAUGAUAGUGUUUGCAAGCUUCUAGUUGGAAACAAGUGUGAUUUGGUUGAUGAAAAGGUUGUGGAUACACAAACUGCUAAGGCAUUUGCAGAUGAACUUGGGAUCCCUUUCCUAGAGACUAGUGCCAAAGAUGCAAUUAAUGUGGAGCAGGCUUUCUUGACCAUGGCUGCUGAGAUUAAGAAAAGAGUUGGAAACCAACCCAGUGCAAACAAGAAACCGGCAAACACUGUUCAAAUGAAGGGGCAACCAAUUCAGCAGAAAAGCAACUGCUGUGGUUAACCGUUCUUCUUGUAUUUUAAUUUUUCUGUUAGUCGUGAAGCUAAACUGUGAUCUUUGGUAAAUAUUUGAACAUUUGGUACCUUAUUUGGAUUCAGCAACUUGUUAAACUGAAUAUUGUCAACCUGAACUCUUCUGUGUAUAUACUGGAAUUUGAUAAUUGUUCAAGCUUAAAUAGCCUUGUUUAGGAAGCA